CCCCCAAUGCUUUGCACAAUCACAGGCCCAUGGCUGCUCCUCGGGCUGUUCCACGGCGUUGCAGGAGAGCGCAAAUGGGACUACGAGCCCGUUUUUGUGUCCACCCACAGCUCGGAUGAGGGCCAGCUGAAGAUCGGCGGCAAAAUCGAUCGCCUGAAGCGCGGAGAGUUUGCCAUUUCGGCCAGCCUGGACUGGAACUACGACAUAGACGAGACCACGAUGGUGGAGGGCCAUGCCUACCGCAGCUUCUCUGGGGAUGAGAGUGCCUACAAGCUGGUGCCGCUGUCCAUUCCCAGGACCCCCUUCGGCAGGUUCAUCGAUACGUACUACAAGGACGUGUUCAUCCCGAACGUGGGCUACUGCUCCAACCUGCCGCACUUCGAGGCCAACUUCCAGCCCCCGUGGCCGCGGAAAACCUACAGGCUCGACAAAUGCGUCUUCAGUGGCCAGGGACUGCCGGAGAUUCUGCCGUUGGGCUACUACAAGAUUCUGUUCAGUGCCAGCGGCGACAAUCAGCCCACUUGGGGCUUCACUGUAGUCCUUCAUUUGACCGCCAAAUUGUUUUGAAAGUUUACCCUCUCUAUGGGUUGUGGAAAUCGGAAAAGAAG